AUUCCCAGCCUCUAAGUAUGGCGUUCCCCAUUUAGGUGUUGGUCGUGGUUUCUAGCCCGCUGGCCCGUAGCAAUGCUGAGCUAGGGCAGUAAUCUGUUCAGACAGGGCUGCAGAAGGCUGCAGUUAAAGUUCGUGUCUGGUCACAGCUCCAGUAACCCACGAGCUUCUGAGGGUCAGGAGCUGCCACUUUAGUCCCUGCAAGUUCCUCCUCUGCCCCUAGUUUGUUUCCCCGUGCUACGUCCGGACACUGAAGUCCCUGACACUCCCAGACUCAAACUAUGAGCCUUCCUCAACUACUGUUGCGCUCGCCCCGUUAUCUCCGGGCCUCAGGUACCCCGUGUCACUUGUGGUCCCAGUUCCUCGGCACUUUCUCCUCGGUGGGCUCCUGGCGUGGUCAGUCCUCCAAGUCCCCGGCCUACUGGAACCAAGUGGUGUCAGAAGCGGAGAAAAUCGUGGGCUAUCCUACGUCCUUCAUGAGCCUCCGCUGCCUGCUGAGCGACGAGCUCAGCAACAUCGCUCUGCAGGUGCGGAAGCUGGUGGGAACUCAGCAUCCUCUGCUUACCACAGUCAGAGGGCUUGUACAAGACAGCCGGAAUAACCUCCAGUUGAGGGGCUUGGUGGUGCUCCUUAUUUCUAAAGCAGCUGGGCCCAGCAGCGUGAAUGCUUCAUGUCAGAAUUAUGACAUGGUCAGUGGGAUCUACUCAUGUCAAAGAAGUUUGGCAGAGAUCACAGAACUUAUCCAUACCGCUCUCCUUGUGCAUCGUGGAAUAGUAAAUUUAAGUGAAUUGCAGUCUUCUGAUGGACCACUGAAAGACAUGCAUUUUGGAAAUAAAAUAGCUAUUUUGAGUGGAGACUUUCUUCUAGCAAAUGCCUGCAACGGACUAGCUCUGCUACAGAACACCAAGGAAGAGUCAACUCUGCUGAAAAAGUGUCCGGGGCUGCGUCCAAAGUUAGUGGUUACCCGAGGAAGAAUUCUGAAAGUGAUGGUGGAACGCAUGCAGCUUCAGAAGGUUGUGGAACUUUUAGCAAGUGCCCUUAGGGACUUGGUACGAGGAGUAUACCAUGAAAAUUUUACUUCUGCAAAGGAAGACUACAUCACAAAUGACAUUGGAAUAUCAACUUGGAAGGAGCAGACUUUUCUCUCCCAUGGUGUCUUAUUAGCAAAGAGCUGCCAGGCAGCAAUGGAAUUAGCAAAGCAUGAUGCUGAGGUUCAGGACAUGGCAUUCCAGUAUGGGAAGCACAUGGCCAUGAGUCAUAAGAUAAAUUCUGAUCUCCAGCCUUUUAUUAAAGAAAAGACCGGUGACUCCAUGACUUUUAACCUGAACUCAGCUCCUGUAGUCUUACAUCAGGAGUUUCUUGGAAGAGAUUUGUGGAUUAAGCAGAUUGGAGAGGCCAUGUUACUACAGCAAGAAAUAAAAACUGUUCUACCUAAUACACAGGAGGCUGCUAAAUUGAGGAGACAAAGAAUGGCCCAAAUGAAAGAACAGAAAAAGAACUAAGUGAAAUGGAGAUUGCCAGUCUGUCAGAUGCACAGCUCAAAACACUGGUUAUCAGGAUGCUCAGAGAAUUCCCUGAGUAUAGCAAAAUAACAAAGAAAGAAAUGAAGGUCACACUAAGAGAAAUAAAGAAUAAGUCACAGGAAACCAAGAGAGAAAGGAAGGAAGCUGGGAUACAAACCAACAAUUUGGAAUAUAAGGAAGAGAUAAACAUUCAACUAGAACAAAAAUAAGAAACAAGAAUUCAAAAUAACGAGGAUAGACUGAGGAACUUCUGGGACAUCUCCAAACAUGCCAACAUCUGAAUCAUGGGGCGCCAAAAGGAGAAGAAAAAGAGCAAGAAAUUGAAAACUUAUUUGAAAAAACAGUGAAAGAAAACUUUCCUAAUUUGGAGAAUGAACUAGACACACAAGUUCAAGAAGUACAGAGUCCCAAACCAAUUGGGCCCAAAGAGGACCACACCAAGACACAUCAUAAUAAAAAUGCCAAAGGUUAAAGAUAAAGAGAGAUCCUUAAUAGCAGCCAGAGAAAACCAAAUAGUUACCUACAAAGGAGUUCCAAUAAGACAGUCAGCUGAUUUCUCAAAAGAAACUUUGCAGGCAAGAAGGGGCUGGCAAGAAGUAUUCAAAGUCAUGAAAGGCAAGGACUUACAACCUAGAUUAUUCCAUCCAGCAAAGCUAUCAUUUAGAAUGGGAGGGCAGAUAAAGUGCUUCCCAGAGAAGGUAAAGAUAAAGGAGUUCAUCACCACCAAGGCAUUAUUACAGGAAAUGCUAAAGGGACGUAUUUAAGAAAAAGGAUAGCAAAACUAUGAAUGUUAAAAAAGGCAAUUUCACAACUAUCAACAACUGAAUCUUACCAAAAAAAUAAGCAAACGACUAGAACAGGAACAGAAUCGUAGGUAUGGAGAUCAUUUGGAGGGUUAUCAUCAGUGGGGAGGAAGACGGAGAGAAUGGGGAAAUGGUUCAGGGAUUAAGAAACAUAAUCGGUAGGAUCGAAAUAGACAAGGAGAAGUUAAGAAUAGCAUAGGAAAUGGGGAAGCCAGACCCAUGG